AUGUUUUGCUGUGUAAUACAGUGCACUGCUGUAUGUUGUGGAAUUGGAACACACAGUACAAGCUCUUUAACUCUUUGGUUGCGCACGCAGGACAGAAACAUCCGGUUGGUUUCCUCUGCUGAGGAAGACAGUAGCCUGUAUUUUACCUACAGCGGGGGAUGCAAUGAGCUGGAGGUCAGAAAUCUGCACUAUGAGGUGAACACGGCAGCUCAGAUCCCCUGGUAUGAGAGAUUGUCGGAGCUAAAGAUGCCCUGGGAGAUGGCCGCGGAUAAGCAGACAGCCAUCAGAGACCUGAGCCUACGAGUGCACAGCGGCCAAAUGCUUGCCGUCAUCGGCAGCUCAGGCUGUGGAAAGACCUCCCUGCUGGACAUCAUUACGUGUCGGGACGAAGGGGGCACCAAGAAAUCCGGGGAGAUCCUGAUCAACGGCAAAGCCUGUACACGCUCGCUGGUGAAGAAGAGCAUCGCUCACGUGCGGCAGGACGACCGCCUGCUCCCUCACCUGACUGUGCGCGAGACGCUUGCCUUCGUGGCCAGACUGCGCUUGCCGACCCACUUCUCACAGGCACAGAGAGAUCAAAGGGUGGACGACGUCAUCGCCGAGCUGCGGCUGAGGCAGUGUGCCAACACGCGGGUGGGGAACAGCUACGUGCGGGGUGUGUCUGGGGGCGAGAGGAGGAGGGUCAGCAUCGCUGUCCAGCUCCUCUGGAACCCAGGCAUUCUCAUCCUGGAUGAGCCUACUUCAGGUCUGGACAGCUUCACCGCUCACAACCUGGUCAUCACAUUGUACCGCUUGGCCCGAGGGAACCGCCUGGUCCUGCUCUCCGUCCACCAGCCGCGCUCCGACAUCUUCCAGCUCUUCGACCUGGUGGUGCUGCUCUCCUCCGGCUCGGCUGUGUACUGUGGCCCGGCCAAAGACAUGGUGCCCUACUUCACCUCCCUGGGACACCCGUGCCCCCGCUACUGCAACCCCUCCGACUACUACGUGGACCUGAUCAGCGUUGACCGGCGCAGCCCGGAGAAGGAGGCCGAGUGUCUAGAGCGGGUCAGGGUGCUGUCGGUCCAGUUCGCGGCGAACGUGAAGAACACGGAUGACUUCAUGUGGAAGUGGCAGGACCAGGACGCUCCGACGCCGGAGAGCCUUCAGGAAGCCCCUCCCGUAAACAAAGCCGAAACCAGCAUCCCGUUGUCCAAACAGGAGGACCGCCUGCCUGGCCGGCUGCACCAGUUUACCACGUUGGCUAGGCGGCAGGUGUUCAACGACUACCGCGACCUGGUGACGUUGCUGGUGCACGGCCUGGAGGCACUGCUGAUGUCCCUGCUCGUCGGCUUCCUUUACUUUGGCUUAGCAGAGCAGCAGCUGUCCAUGCAAGACACUGUUUCCCUCCUCUACAUGAUGGGAGCUCUGACACCUUUUGCUGUGGUGCUGGACGUUAUAGCCAAGUGUCACUCGGAGAGAGCCAUGCUGUAUCAUGAGCUGGAGGACGGCUUGUAUUCUGUCACUCCAUACUUUUUUGCCAAGGUCCUGGGUGAACUACCGGAGCACUGCGUCUUCACGCUGGUCUACGGUCUGCCCAUCUACUGGCUGGCGGGCCUGAAUGCCGAGCCCGACCGCUUCCUGCUCAACCUGCUGCUGGUGUGGCUGAUCGUGUACUGCAGCCGCUGCAUGGCCCUGUUCGUGGCAGCCGCGCUGCCCACGCUGCAGACCUCGUCCUUCCUGGGCAACUCCUUCUUCACCGUCUUUUAUCUGACCGGGGGCUUCGUCAUAAGCCUGGACAACAUGUGGCCGGUGGCCUCGUGGUUCUCCUACAUCUCCUUCAUGCGUUGGGGCUUCGACGGAAUGCUUCAAGUUCAGUUCCGCGGCCUCACAUAUCAAGUUCAGCUCGGCAACCUGACCAUCAACGUAGACGGCAUCAAAGUGGUGGAGGCCAUGCACAUGAACCAGUUCCCGCUGUUCUCCUGUUACCUGGUGCUGAUCGCCGUGAUCCUCGUCUUCAUGUUCCUCUACUACAUGUCGCUCAGGUUCAUUAAGCAGAAGUCCACUCAGGACUGGUGAGCAAUUCAUCCUGCCACUGGGUGGCAGCAUAGCACCGGGUACACCCAUCUGCCUUCACUUUUCAGGUUUUUUGGGCUUUUCUUCUUUUGGCAAGCGAUUAGAGCACUACUCUCCAAGAUAUCCAUCUAUGGCUUUUGCUCCCAAUUUUUUAAAUUCUUUUUUUGUAAACACUAAUCCUUCAGUACACCAAGAUUGUUAAGCUUAAUAAUGUGUUAUGAAAUGCAAGUUUUGCACUGGUGCAAAACCCUGAUAAACGUGCCAAGAGAAUUUU